AUGCUCGCGGCAGGGGUCGGAGGUCAGAGCGAGCGUCUCGCGGGCCGGAGAAGGAAGAUGGCGGUGGAGUCGCGCGUCACCCAGGAGGAAAUUAAAAAAGAACCGGAGAAACCGAUCGACCGGGAGAAGACCUGCCCGCUGCUGCUGCGGGUCUUCACCACCAAUAACGGCCGCCACCACCGGAUGGACGAGUUCUCCCGUGGAAACGUGCCUUCCAGCGAGCUGCAGAUCUACACUUGGAUGGAUGCGACUUUGAAAGAACUGACAAGUUUAGUGAAAGAGGUCUACCCAGAAGCUAGAAAGAAAGGCACCCACUUCAAUUUUGCCAUCGUUUUUACGGAUCUGAAAAGACCCGGCUAUCGAGUGAAGGAGAUUGGCAGUACCAUGUCUGGCAGGAAGGGGACUGACGACUCCAUGACCCUGCAGUCGCAGAAGUUCCAGAUAGGAGAUUAUUUGGACAUAGCUAUCACCCCGCCAAACCGGGCACCACCUCCUUCUGGGCGCAUGAGACCCUAUUAAAUUUCUGUCAGUUUCUUGAAUGUAUUUUCCUGUCAGUUAUGUAAAAUAAACGUCACUCUUUUUUCCUUCCCUGAUAAUUGCCAUUAAGCCUUUAAACUCUAAACGAAGUGUAAUGCAGCUAUAUACAGUAGAUUGGGCUGUGUUAUGGUUGAAUAUAAAUUAAAAGUCCAUAUUGUUUCAAGCUCUUCUGUAAAAUACAAAGAAAGUGCUCUUAGCAUUCUGUGUAAAACUGCAUUGUUAAAUAUAUGUGUGCAAUCAA